UAGUGCCCCGCUUCCGGCGCCUGCGGGUUGGCGCGCGGCCGCGGCCCGGUUGACUGCGCAGCCAUGGAGAGCGGCUUCGGCUCGGACUUCGGCGGCUCGGGCGGCGGGAAGCUGGACCCGGGGGUCAUCAUGGAGCAGGUGAAGGUGCAGAUCGCCGUGGCCAACGCGCAGGAGCUGCUGCAGAGGAUGACGGACAAAUGUUUCCGGAAGUGCAUCGGGAAGCCCGGGGGCUCCUUGGACAACUCUGAGCAGAAAUGCAUCGCCAUGUGUAUGGACCGCUACAUGGAUGCCUGGAACACCGUGUCGCGCGCCUACAACUCUAGACUGCAGAGGGAACGAGCCAACAUGUGACCGACACCCGUGCCUCGGGUACCGUGCGCUUGCCCGCGAUCGGGACUGUUUCCACUCACGAGGGCCGCUCCUGUCUGGCAGCACGGAGGGCUCGGGAGUUGAGGCCUCCCCCUGGGCUGCCGUGCCUAGCCCAGUCUCUAGGCCAGUCUCAGAAAAGUGAGGGCCGGUUUGAGCUCGGGGUCUGCCUGCCCCCACCUGAGCAGGCCAAUAAAUCGCCGCUGGGACAGAA